AUGUCCUCCGCAAGCAAGAACUACGAGUACAUCCUGACCAGCACACCUGCGCCGGGUGUUGGGCAGGUCACGCUGAACCGGCCCAAGGCUCUGAAUGCUCUGUGCUCUCCCUUGAUUGUGGAGCUGAAUGAGGCGCUCUUGAACUUUGAUGCGGACAACGACAUUGGCGCGAUUGUGCUCACUGGCAGCGAGCGGGCUUUCGCAGCUGGUGCGGAUAUCAAGGAGAUGAAGGACAAGGCCUUUGUCGACGCGUACAAGAACCGCUUCCUUGAAAACUGGGGAACUCUCACAUCGCUCCGCAAACCCAUCAUCGCGGCAGUCAGCGGCUAUGCGCUCGGUGGUGGUUGCGAGAUUGCUCUCGCGACGGACAUCAUCCUCGCUUCACCGACAGCCAAGUUCGGCCAGCCGGAGAUCUCGAUUGGCACUAUUCCUGGCGGUGGCGGCUCUCAGCGCCUUCUGAAAACCAUCGGGAAGUCAAGAACGAUGGAGCUCGUAUUGACUGGACGUCAAUUCACCGCACAGGAGGCUGAACGAUGGGGUGUCGUCUCUCGUGUGGUUGGGGAUGGUGAAGGAGAGGUAGUGAAAGAGGCCAUCGCAGUGGCGCAAGCCAUUGCGGAGAAGAGUCAGGUGGCCGUGCAAGCUGCGAAGGAAGCCGUGAACGCCGCGCUUGAACAAGGCCUUACCGAGGGAUUGAAGACGGAAAGACGCUUAUUCCACAUGACCUUUGCCACGAACGACCAGAAAGAGGGUAUGGGCGCAUUUGCGGAGAAGCGCAAACCGAACUUCACGCAUUCCUGA